UGGUACUCCGUAUAUUAAAGGUCUUUAUUAUCCAAUUAAUGAACGAGCCAAUGGUAUAAAAAAAGAUGAAAUUAUAAAAUUAAUUCGACAAGCAGGUCAACUUAUUUUACAAGGAUUUUCAAUACCAGUUGAACCUCCAGAAAAUUUAGCACCAGAUGGCCAAUUAUUUGUUGAAAUGUGUGAGAAAGAUAAAAAAUUUUGUUCUUUCGUGACUACAAGAUCACCUGACAAACCAUUCAAAUGUUUAGAAAUAUGGGCAGAAGAUUUGGUACAAGAAUAUAAUCAGUGGAACGAUAAAGGUUUUAUUGUAAAUGGUAAAAAUAUUCGUUGUCCUUUUAAUCAUUCAUUAUUGAGAGACUUAAGAAAAAAAUAUGUCAUCAAACACUAUCUAGAAAAUCGUUAA